AUGAAAAGAUAAGUUAUAGAUUAUAAGACUGAUAAUUUUUUAUUAAUAAUUGACAAAUUAGAGUAAGAUUUCACAAAAAAGGUAGAUGUUGAAGAAUUAGAGAAUUAGAUUUAAUUAGGUGUUGUAAAUAGUAUUUUUAAUAUUUUGAAUAAUAACAAGGAAUUAGAAAAUAAUUUGGAUCCCGCAAUAAAAGAUAUUUUAUAAAUGAUGGAAAUAGAAAAGCCUAAUAUAAUACAGGAUGAUAUAUAUUUUGAAGCUAAACAGAUGUUUUUAUGA